UACACACACAUCGUCAAUCCCUAGAUUCACGUCUCCAUCGAUCUAUCCAUCUAUCGCUUUCGAGCAAACAAACCAUAUCAUCGAUCGAUCGGUUCCUUCCGCCUCUUCGUCGUCGUCGAGUUCCGGCCGAAAAAGAUCGAUGAAGCUCUUUGUCGAGACCCUCGCCGGCAAGAAGAUGACCGUCAAGGUCGACCCGUCGGACACCAUCAACGUCGUCAAGGCCAAGAUUCAUGAGCAGCAGCGCCUUACCUUUGACGACGAGGAGCUAGACGACAGACGCAGCGUGUCCUACUACCGCAUCCAUGAUGGAUCCACUCUUCGCCUCGGUCUGCGCCCGAGAAGGAAGAUCGAAAUCUUUCUCAAAGGGUUGACUGCUGGCAAGACCACUACCCAUUAUUUUGACGAGCUGGACACCGUCGAUUGUGUCAAGGCCAUGAUCCAGGAGAGAGACGGCAUUCCUGCCGCCGAGCAGAGGCUGAUCUAUGCCGGGAAACAGCUGGAAGAUGGUCGCACCCUGGCGCACUAUGCCAUCCACGACUGGGCCACAUUGCACCUCGUGCUCCGUCUCCGAUCAUGCAGUCAAUGCCCAAGAACCCACGAAAGCGAGCCAGGUCAAGAUCAGGAUUCCAAUGCAGGCUCCUCCGAUGUUAUCACUGAUGUUUCGCCCGAGGCCAAGCACCCUAAAAGCAAGAUUGCAACUCCCAUUGAUGCUGCUAACUUGAGGAGGAGCUCAAGAUCCAAUAAGUAUGAUGGCUUUAAGGUGAACCUUCAAUCUGACAGUAGAAUCCAGAAGUCCAAGGCGAAGAAGAGAUGCUUUCCCACAUCGAUGGGCGCUACCAAAACUGAGGUCGAAGACACUGGCUGAUUAAUCUCCAGGAAGAUGCUACUUCCCAGAAAUUUGCUAUUUUAUUAUCAGUAUUUUGCUUAUGGGUUAAUUUAUUACUAGUAUGUUGCG